CGGCUCUCCGGGGUCAAUGGUGACCACCCUGUAGUUGUGCAUCAUAUCUGAAUUUGGGCUGGCAGUGUUGUACCCCUCUGUGAUUGCAGGCUUUCAGUGGGUGAGGCCUUGUCAUCUCUGUCUGGUUAUGGCCCUGACGUCACCCCUCUACCAGUCAGUGGGGCCCCAUUGGUUCUACCGCCAGCAGGAUGGGACCAAGGACAUCUGGCUCCCCUUCAGCUGUGAAGACUCCCAGAGGCUAGAGGAAGCCCACCUGGCCAGCGAGCAGGGCGGGGAGGCGACGGUGGCCACCGAGGGGGCGCGGUUUGACGUGAGGCUCCCGGAGAGGACGCGGUGCGCGGCGUAUUGGGCGCAGGCGCCCGCGGAGGUGCGCCGAUGCACCUGGUUCUACAAGGGGGACAAGGACAGCCAUUACACCCCCUACCCCGAAGACAUCAGUCACAGCCUGGAGGAGGCCUACAGGAUCGCGGUCACUCGGAACAAAUGGAAGGAGAAGCUGGAGUUUCCCUCAGGAGACACCGUCACGCUGCACAGCUCGAAGUUAAUAACACAGGACCAAUGGCCCAACUGUCCCAUGGAGAAGACUAAGCCCCGAACCGUCAAGAGGGGUGUGGAGGAGAUCAUGGUGAACAUACCAGAAGGAGAGCCAGAGACGGUGGACCACCUGGUGUUCAUGGUGCACGGCAUUGGCUCCACUUGCGACCUGAGCUUUCGCACCCUCGUCCACUGUGUGAACGGAUUCAGGAGCAUCUCCCUGGACCUCAUUAACGCCCAUUUUAGGGAGGCGCAGGAGGAGCGGCGUGUGGGGCGGGUGGAGUUCCUCCCCGUAAACUGGCACGAUGCCCUGCACAGCGACACCACCGGGGUGGACCGGGACAUCCGGAGGAUCACCCUGCCCAGCCUGGCCCGCUUGCGUGACUUUGCCACCGACACGGUGCUGGACCUGUUCUACUACAGCAGCCCCACGUACUGCCAGACCAUCGUGGACAGCGUGGUGUCGGAGCUCAACCGCCUGCACGCCCUCUUCCUCUGCCGGAACCCGCGCUUCGCUGGAGCCGUGUCAUUGGCCGGACACAGCCUGGGCUCGCUGAUUCUCUUUGACCUCCUGACCAAUCAGAAGCCGGUCCCGGGUCUAGAGGAUGCUGGGAGCGAGGAGGGACCGAGUCUCAGUCGUGGGCUCCCGCUGGACUUCAGGUCCCUGGAGGAGGGUCUGGAGGUUAUGGGCCUUCAGCAGUACGCAGAAGUGCUUCAGCAGGAGCAGGUGGACCUGGAUUCUCUGGGCCUCUGCUCAGAGAAUGACCUGAAGGAUCUUGGGAUACCUCUGGGACCACGGAAGAAGAUCCUGAGUUUCAUGAAGAGGAGGCGGGACUUGGAGGGGAUCAGAGCGGGACCCCCACUCCUGACCCCCGGCCUGCAGGCAUCCAGAGAGGAAACGGGGCCACAGGGGACCCCUGGACCCCAAGUGCCCUUCCCUGAGAUGUCUGCCACCUGCACAGAGGACUGCAAGUACCUGGAUAUCAGGACUGGGCAGGUGUCAGUCAAGUACCCCCAGCUGUCCUUUCAGCCCCAGGCCCUCUUCGCCCUGGGCUCCCCCAUAGGCAUGUUCCUCACUGUCCGCGGUAUAAAAUGCCUGGACCCCAACUACAGCCUCCCCACCUGCAAGGGCUUCUACAACAUCUACCACCCGUUUGACCCCGUGGCCUACAGGAUUGAGCCGAUGAUCGGCGCUCCGGACGUGGAGACGGAGGCCAUACUGAUCCCCCAUCACAAGGGCAGGAAGCGGAUGCACCGGGAGCUGAAAGAGGGUCUGACCCGGAUGAGCAGCGACCUGAUGGGGUCCCUGCGCACCGCCUGGCAGUCCUUCUCGCAGUUACCCAUCCCUGCACUGCCCCUGGUGGCCGGAGGAGGGAAUGCAGGGGACUCAAAUGACAGUGAGCAAGCUGGGACCGAGGACGUCCAAUGGCUGCCGACUAGUCCGACUAACUUCUGGAAAAGUCCCCUGGAAUGGCCAAGAGCAGUGCAACUGAAUUACUUCUCGGGCGAACAAGGUGUGAAACCGGAGGAGCAGGGCGUCCAGGCGGGCAUGCUGAACGGCGGGCGGCGGGUGGAUUACGUGCUGCAGGAAACGCCCAUCGAGAGCUUCAACGAGUACCUGUUCGCCCUGCAGAGCCACCUGUGCUACUGGGAUUCAGAGGACACUGUCCUGCUGGUGUUGAAGGAGAUUUAUGGAAGGCUAGGGAUACAACCUCCGGCAGCCUUGGCAACAGACUGAAAAACUAGACGACGGAAUUCGGUCCUCGGUGAAGAGGUACAAGGGACGGACACGGGGAGGAGUUGUGGUGGCCAAAGUCAUCCAGGUGGAAGUGGGGUCAGACCUCAC